GAGAUGGAGCUGAACUCCCUGCGCUCCUCCACUUCGGACGAGGGCUCGUUACCCAUGGCCUCUAGAGAGACGCUGCCUGUCGACACCGACGCGGCACAGUUGGCCAGUUCCAGUCCGACGCGGGCCAGCUGCGAUUCUCUGAGAAAGACUCUGUGUGGAAGCGCGGCUGCGGCAGACGAUCCCUGCUGUAAAGACAGCGGCGAGGUGUGGGUCAAGAUGGACCCGUCCUCGGCAGUGCUCCCGCGACGGAAAAUUUCGGGAAGAUCCCCGGCUACGUCUGUCGAUCAAGUGUGGUCGAAGGCCGGAGCGAGGAGGCGCCUGCACGACAGUGGCACUGCCUGGUCGACAGAAGAUUUCACGGGUCGAGGAGAUGACGACAUAUGGGUCAGAGCCAAGACUUCGUCGGCGGACAUGAAGCCUGCUGACAGACAAGAACAAGAAAUUAAGCCGGUUGUGAAUGAGAGACUAUCAGUUGAUCGCUUGCAUUCUGUUGCAGAUGGGCCUGGACCCAGCUCUCAAGGGACCAAAGGAAAGAGUUUAACUAUAGAUCGCAGCAGUGCAGUGAAACUCAAGCCAGGAGCAAAGGAAGACAGAAGCUCUUUCCUCAACUGGCUGUGGACACUGUUCAGGAGCAAACGGAAGGAUGCGAAGGAUGAAACUGACCCAAGCAGCAGCAAAACUCAAAAAGAAGCUAAUGCUACAAAUGAAACCAGUGUUUUGCAGAGUGAGAAAAAGACUGACCAGAAAGAGAAAAAGAUACUUGGUGAAGCUGCUCGGGCUGUUCUCACUGGAAGUGACUUCAGACUGAUUGACGAUGAUGGUGGUCGUGGUGAUGUGUAUGAGGAUGCUUGCGACGGUGCGGUGCUUCCAGAUGCUGCUAAUAAAGAAGAUCUAGAUGACACUGUCAUCAAUCCAGUAAUUGCCAAGAGACUAGACGACAUUGAUGAGGUCUUACAGGCCGUGUAUGAGCGUAAUAUCGCAUACGGAAGGUCUAUCAGUAUGCAGCGCCUGGAGGUUAAUGCAGGCCACAAAUACCAAAGAGAUUCCAGAGAAAGUAGCAGGGAAGCUGAUGGGGAUGACAAGUCCUCAAGCCACCUGUCUUUGUGCAGAGCAGGAGAAACAACAGAGGGCAACAGUUCACACAAGUACCAUGAAAAAAAAAUCAGUGUGGGAUCGUCAUCGCCGUCCAGCUUUUACAGCCAUUCUCGUUCUGAAUCAGAACUGACAAACGAUGACGAAUUUUUGGCUCUGGGUACUCCUCCACACCCGCCCAAAGUGAAGCCGUCACAGGCUGGUUACAUGAGGCUGAGUGAACCGAAUUUCAGCAAUGCAGAAUGUGCAAGGUUUAAAGUAGGACGUUUCCUCCAGCAGAGCAACGAUGAGCAGUGGUUUGGGCAUUCUGAUCAGUCGUUAGAAGGCAAAGUGGCUGGACAGCCUGAAGCCAUUAGUGGUACAGAUGAUGUCAGCAGCACAGCCGCACCAGAUCAAGGAUCUGCGGCUGUGGAGGAUAAACUUAUGAAGAUGACUACUGGCUUUGAAGCCGGUGUUCGUGCAAUUAGACAGGAUAUCGAGCUCUGUUUAGCCUCAGCUGAGCAAGCUUCUGUAGGUGAAGCAAGUGCUGCAUUUAUCUCGAUGGAGAGCAAUUGUCCCAAAAUCUUACAACAACCUACAGUGCCUGCCCUAGUUGUGUCUGAAGAAGCAGAAGACAACGAUCGCGACAUAUGCGGUUUCACAGACGAUGGUCUGGAUGACAUUCUGAAAACUUCAACCACCACUGAGAUGGAAGCAGAUGAAUGGGCAGGCUUUGAUCCAGCUGCAUGGUCACGCGAACAUGGAUUUUCAGUCCCAGCAGAUCCUGCUUGCUACACGAGCAUCUUACCAUCUGGGAAGAAGCUGGUGGACGUGAGGCAAGGCGAAGUGGAGGUUGCUGCUAGAAAUGAAUCCUGGGCAGACAUCCAGAGGGCGCUGCAAGAGCUGGUAGAUAGCCAGGACUCUGCACUGAUCCAAGAGCUCAAGAAGACACCUGAAGAUGAAACACUCCUGGGACCUCUCUUAGAGGAAACAGAUCUUACUAUAAGAGAAGACGUAUCGCCUCUGGAAACUGGAGUAAUGUCUGCAGUCACCACCUCCCCAACUCCUCAUCAGGUAUUAAGCGUGCAACAGGUGCAAUCAAAGGAUAAUGACACCCCACAAACUGAUGUUACUAAAAUCAGCGAUUUAGUGUCAACUGAAGCUAAAAAAUCAACAGCUACAGUCAAUGUCUUCCCUAUGAUUCACCCAGUCGAAAGUAGUGAACAGGUUCAGUCGAAGGAUGAUCAGAGCCUACGCAGAGAAGGUGUAACAGCUCCAAAAGACCCUUUCUGUGAUUCGAAUUUGGUCAAGAGAAAGGAAGAGCCAAAGGCUGGAACUCAACUAGCGUUGCAGCCACAGUUUCAGGAAGUGCCCCCUGUCACAGGAUCUUCUGUUGUAUCUCCAGUAAUGAAAGAUCCAGUAGGCUCAGAGAAUGUUAAAGCCUUUUUUGAUGAAGCAUUGGACAGAUCAGAGCUACCAGUGCAGCCAUCAGAAGAAUUUGUCGUAGAUGUAAGGUGCAUCAGACAAGGAGAAGCUAAACCGUCUCCAGACAAUCUGCGGUCAGUUUCCUCAGUAAACGUUUUCACUCUUUCUGAUGAAACCUUAAAUAAUUUACGAUCUGCAGCUCAGAACGUGAAGAAAAGUACCGCCCUAGAACUCAUAGCACCAAGUGAGGAGUUGUUUGAAGAUAAGAUGAAGGUGUCAGAGACUCCCUCAUUAGAUUUACUGGAAGACUUGCCUGUUGCUCAAGGAAGAACUGUCACUCAGACAGACACAAUAAAAGAUAUAACCAUUAAUAUGGCUCCUCGUAAGACAUUGGAUGCCCGAAAUACAGCGUCUAGUUCGCAGCAGAAAUUCAUUCCUGGAGUGUCUAACGUUGACUUCACAGCUGAGCCUCACAAGGAGACUGAGGUUUGUUCCGACAUCCUCACACUUACAGAAACAGUUCCUACAUUUGUUCGAGAUUCCGACUGCUCAGGACUAACAAGUGUGAUACCUCAAGACUCGAAUUUGCAGAAGUCGUUAAUUUCUUCAGAGUCAAAAGAAAAUGAUGACAGAGACAAAGCUGAUAGCACGUCGCUAGAGAGAUGUCAACAGAUAGGAAGAGAGCACUUCUCAUUGAUAGAUAAAGAGGAGCAGGAUUGGUUUGGUUCUCAUAUAACAAAGGAUUCAGAAGUGUUGCAAUGGAAGAAGCCCCUGCUGGAGUCUGCUGGUGCCUUAGAUGAAACUUACACUUCCAAAGCCAUUGGUACUUUUCUUAGCGGAGAUCUUGUAAAGGAGGAGGAAAUCAAUAUUCCAGUUACAGCAGAGAAAACAGCUUUUGCAGAGAAUUUAAUGCCUGACCAAUCAGAUAAUUUGAUUAGCAAACUGGCAGAUACUUCAUCAGACACAGUUUGCAACAUUGCUGGAGAAUAUGGACUUUUGAGUGCAUCAGUACCCAGCAUGCUGUAUGAGCAGAGUCGACAAGAUGUGGACAGUAAAAUGCCACAAAGUAACAGAGACAGAUUUAUGACACAUGGGCACCAAUCAGCCUCAGACUGUCAGCCUCAACGCAAAGUAGCUGAUGUAGGUACUCCAGAUAGAAGUAUGGUUAGCCAACUGUUUGAUGCCACUUGGCAAGCAGCACAAAGUGAAGAGGAAGCUGCAAAUAUCAUGGACACACCAUCUGCAGUUUCACCGUCAUUAAUAUACCAAUCGAAUGAAGCAGAAUUUUUGUUGGAUCCCGUUGCUUUAUCUCGCCAGCACUGUGAGAAAGCAGAGUCUUCUACAAAAUCUGGGUCACCAUACGAUGUGCUGGAAGAAUUUGUCCAAGUAUCAGCAUCUAACCAGAUCUAUAAUCUGAGAGAACAAUCUCAUGAUCUUAGAGAUAUUGCAGAUCAGCUACAGUCUCUAAAAGAACAAUCUCAUUCUUCCGAAGAUACCAAAAGCCAUCUAAAUAGUGUGAAAGAACAUUCUGACGAUUUUAAUGACGUAGCAGGUCAUCUACAGAACUCUAAAGAUAAAUCUAACGAUUUUGGGGGUAUCGUAGGACAGGAUUCAGAAGAAUGGCCUGUUAAUGAAAAGGAUCAGCCCAAUGCGCUCAGAAUCAAAAUGGGUAAGCCUGUAGACACAAAUAAGAAAACAACCUCUCGAGAUAUUUCCACAGAAUCAGUAUGGUUAUCUUUGGACAGAAGUCUGGAAGACCUCAAAACACCGGCUGUGUCAUUCCCUCCUGGUCUGUCAUCAACAUCUGCUCUAUUACCAAGUGUUGAUCCAUUACCAGAUAUGCAGCUGCUGGAUUGCUUAGAUAGUGAUGACUCCAAGCGUUCUGACACAAAGAAGAACAAGAUAGAAGAUCCUUUCAUGCCAUCAUAUAGCAUGCCCCAGAAAGAUGAGACCACUAUAGAAAAAUCUAACGAUAUGUUCUAUGGGUCAGGUGGAAGGGACGUCCUGAAUACUUUAGACUCGGCUUGGUUCCCAUCAGAAGAUGCGUUUUUUACAGAACAAUCAUCUACAGAUAUGAGAUGUAACAGUGACACGCCCAAAGACACAAUGCUGCCUCCUGAUAAAGUCAGUGGCUCACAACAGGCAACAGAUUGGUGGUCUGAGAAAGGAUUUGAUUCACUGAGUCCAUUCAGAGAGCAAGAUUUCUCUUUCACUGGAGAAAUUAAGUCAGAAGCACAACAGCAAUGGGACUCAUAUAUCUGGACUGGUGAAUUCCAGCCAUCGAAUUCUUCCUCUUCCACUCCAACUGACAUUUCUAAGACUUUUUCUGCAGACAACGCAAAAGAAGACUAUGGUAAAGUUCCAGAUCCAUUCGCAAUUGCCUCUAAGGGAUGUGCCUCAGUCAACACAGUAGAAAACAAGGAACUUCAGCAGAAACAACAUGAUGAGCAGUUAGAUGAAAAGAACACAAAAUCAUCUACCCAAGCAGGUUAUUCCGAAUUUGGUGUGCCGAAGACAGCAUUACCUUCAACAGCUACCUCACAGUCUCCAAAAGAAUCACUGUAUGUGGAACAGCAGAAAUCGCAGUCUAUUUCUGUGACUGAGCAGUCACUGUCUGAUGAGUCUGCUGGAUCAGUAAAUAAUAUAGGACACAAAGCACCAGUUGUAAAAAGCGAUACUACAACAUGUACCAAAAACGAAGCUACAAAUGGAGAUCCAGUGGACAAUUACAGACCCUCAUUCACAAAGAAACAAGAAAUGCACGUGGCUCCAGUUCCUCUGGAAAUGAAUCCUCCAAAACACCUCCAUGUGACAGGUGACACUACUGCAGUCUCACCAUCUUACAAGAGUGUUCAUGAAGUGGAACAGAGAGAAGCUUAUGAUUUUCAGACUCUUGGAUCAGUGGCAGAGGUCAAGGUGUCAGCAGAGGAGAUUUCUGUUAGUUCUCAUUCGGACUCUCCUCCUCCUCUGGUAGACGUUUCGCCACUGGACACUGCAGACAACUCAAGCCUGCCUGAAGUUCCUGGUGCGGUAGUCGAGAAACAGCAACACUCUGAUCACCCUGCACCACAAGUCUCUACAGCACCAGUCUCUGCUGAACAGAUAGCUACAUCACACAUCAAAUCAGCAGAACCCCCUGUUUCCUGUGAGCUCAAUCCAGCUGAAGUAGGUGCAGAUACCAGCUGUCCUAGUAAUAGUGAACAGGGUAUAAACAGUAAACUUGUGCAUCCCGCAAAAGAAGCUUCCACAAGUACAAAGAAUUCAAGUGCUUCAUCAACCGAGAACGAUGGGACCAAUAUCAGAACUUCAGAAAAAUCGUUGCAAUCAGGAGACUCUCCAUUAGAGACUGAUAGUUACUCUGAAGAUAGCGUCUUUUUGGAUGAUGAGGAAGGUGGAGACGUUCUGGGAAGAGCAGGCUUCAUAUUGCACCCCAUAACAAGGCAAUUGAUAAGGCGUUCAUCAUCGGUGACAUCGGAACCUCCUCUGAGUCCAACUAUAGCAGUUGGUCCAUUGGCUGUCACGCCAGAAAACACAGAAGAGAAGCUUGUGGCAACUACAAGUGGUGGGCAGGUGUUCAGAGAGGAUGAGAUGAGGGAGAAGCCUCAAAGUGCAGGCAAAGCAGGUGCAGUAGUGAAACCUCCAUCAGCCGAACGUAGAGAGUCAGUCGUUCUGGAGAAGAUAACGGCACUUAAACACCACAUAUCGGAAGGUAUUCAGCACGGCAAGGACAGUGUUUAUAGCACUGAGAGGAAGCUACUGGAAAAGGUUCAGUCGUGGAUAGCUCCCGCCGAGAAGCCACCGGGAAAAGGAACAGAAAAAGUUAUUGUUGAAGAUGAAGAUGUCGUUGAAAAUAAGCAAACUGGACCAACGGCAUCAGAUACGUUAGAAACAGAGGGAGUAAAAAGCACUACUACUACUGUUCAUGAACUGGAAAACAAGAUCAUUAAGCAACAAGACGAGAAAGUGGAAUUAUUCCAUCCACCAUCACCAGGUACUUCUGGAUCAGAAACCAAAAACAAAGUUGCUGGGAAUCAAGAUGAGAAAGUAAAUCUUCCUCAGCCAUCGUCUCCAGGCGUUGAGAAUGAAAUUGUGAGGACUGUGUAUGCAGGACCAGCUCUCAAAAUAGAUGACACACUGCAACCAACUUCCCCUCCAGAAGAAAUAAAUGUAGUUGUAGAUAAUAAUCGCAAAGAAGUCUCUGUUGGUAAUAUGUUAGCAUGGAACAGAGCUGCCAAAAUAGAAGACAAACUGCAAGCAACUUCCGCUCCAGAAGAAAUAGGUGUAGCUCUAGAUAAUAAUCUCAAAGAAUGUUCUGUUGGUAAUAUGUUAAAGGAGAACAGAGCUACCAUGGAAACAUUUCCUCUAACACCUGAGGGAGAUACUAUCAUUGAAAUGGAAGACUUUGAGUAUGAAACAAUUGUAGUAGACAGAGAUCCGUUGUUAGGCCAAGAGUUCACAAUUCUGGUGAAAUCAAGCAGUGACUCGGAACAUUCCAGUUGUCACUCGAAAACUGGAGUCAGAUCGCCAAAGAGAUUGCAAGCAUCUGAUUCCAACGUAGGGACGUCAGUCUCUCCCAAAAAUGAGUCACCAUCCUGCCUAACAGGUCACCCCAAAAACACAGAAGCAGAUAGUCACUGGACUACAGAUUCUUCUAGCAGUCCAGUGGGUUCUGACCACGAUAUCUUCUUUGAAGAUAUCCCUCAGCAGUCUCUGGAGUAUGGAAGCCAGACACCAAAUCCAUUUAUGUACGAAGAAGACGGAAGUGACUUUGCGGAUGUCGAGUGCGGAGACAGUUCCCGCCCUGCUACGUCAUCCUCAGACGACUGGUACUUCAGCACCAGUCGGUCUGUAGAUGGGGGUCUGGCUAUCAGCUACGGUCCCCCAUCUAAUGCCAGUUCCAGAACAGACCUCAGGACGCUGGAUACCAUCGGUACUACUGAACAAGGGAACUGUGCUAAAGAGAAUGAUACGAAGGGGGAAGACGACAUUCACCAUGCGACAUAUCUACAAGUACCUGUAAAUAAUCACAAACAAGGUUUUCUGGAAGUACAACAUGUGGACCUUAAACCAUUUAGCGGCGAAGUGUCCCCAGGUGGCAGAUCUUGUGCAUCCUAUGACGGUCCAGAUUACUAUGACAUCGAGAAGCGGAUCGAUAGUGUCCUGAAAAGAAUCGAUGCUCUUCAGGAAUCUGACCCAGCAUUUCGUGAAACCGAUAGUGGUGCGAGUGGGACCAACCCAUUCGACAUGAGUGAGGACGAGUGGCUGUGCAUGCAGUCUGGAGUGCCACAGGAAGGAUUUGCGGAAUUGCCAGAGGAGCCGACUGUAGAGGGGUGCGGGAGCACUGUCGAAGAGGAUCGACGCUUCCUCGAAGAAACGUACCUGAAUACCGGAAAGAAGUCGGGCCGACUCCAGCGAGUCUGCACGAGGCAAAAUUUGGAUGGAAAAGAAGAUCUUGACGCCAAUCCAUUUUCCGAUGCAGCUGACCGCUAUAUACCCUCAUCUGGGUCUGUGCUAUCAUCAACAGGCAGUAUACCAGAAGCAAGUUCAGAUUCUGGCGACCAGGAAAAGAACAGCAGCAGUAAUCCAUUCCUCCAGACAAUCUACGAGAAGGGAUUACUGUCACAGUCAGCAUUAUCUAUUGAUUUGCCCAACCCAUUCCUAUACACAGAGGCAGAAAUUAGGGAACAGCUGAGGAGGGCUGGUUUCUCCAGCGAGGAGGAGAUUUUCCCGCUGUCUCCGCCUGGAGGCACCGUUUCCGAGGCCAGCUCUGGAGUCGCUGGUGACAGAUCCUGCUCUCCAGACAGCAGCUCCAGUGACAGCAGUGACGGGACGUUGGUUCAAGACCCUCUUCCUGUGCUCCCAGUACCGACACAGGAGAUGCUGUUGCCAGACAGGAGCCCUGAUAGUAGGACGCUAACUCUCGAGGACGUUUCAGCCCACAAAGAAACUGAAUCAAUAGAGAGAGAUGUGGACAGUGGGAGGACUUCCAAAGAAGCAGGAGGAGUAAUGAAAGGUGGAACUGAGGAAUCUGCAAGAGGAUCGGGGAUUCAGGACGUGAGGAGUAUGAACCUCCCAGAUGUAGUAUCCAAAGAGGUCGAUAUAAAUCCAACCACGGAUUACAGAGGUUUCCAGAAAGAACCUUCAUCAGAUCUAGAGAAACGUCAGAUUGCGAGUGGUUUGCCCUGUCAGGUUCGUACGCCAGUCGACGUCGAUCCUAGCAAGUUAGCCGUUAGAGUGAGCGGCUUAAGUGUUCGAACUGAAACAGGAUUGCAGGCUCCUUCCAGGUUCUCUGUGUCCUUGGCUGUGCAAGACCCGAGUCCUCAACAAUUGGGAAGUACUUUAGAAAGUGACAGUUGUGUUUUUCCAGCUGAUUACAAACCGUGUACUAGCGUUGACAAUAGUGCGAAAGAGAAUUUCCAGUGUCGACUGCCGAAGGACCCAACAGAAAGUGUGGUUAGCGAGUUGCCGGACUUAGUAGGUACCGUGUGUAGUGCUGUGGCCGAGGGCGGCAGUCAAGAUGGUGGUGGUGGUGGUGGUGGUGGUGGUGGUAAACCGUUUCUACCACUGGACCCGGACGGGACGUCGACCCAGCAACAAGUACUGCGAGAGGGAACAACGAACGAAACGUCGAACGAUGGAAGCCAGCAGGACGAUGGAGCGCUGGACCUGGCGCAGAACAGCAAUGUCCAGGACGCGUUCGUCAUCGCGGUGGAGCAGCAGGCGCGAGAGCGCCUCGAGCGUCUGUCCGCGCUCAAGAGGAUCAAGCCCAUCGACAUGACCAAGCUGUCGCAGCAGGUGAGCCACCAGUAGCAGCUCCGUGGUGGUGGGCUCCCCCUCUGUACAGCCCGUGGUGGGCGCUUCUAGCCGUACACACUAGUAUUACUACCGCCUGUGGCGUCCAAUUCGUAUCGUAAAGAAACUAUGUAAGAGUUCUGACAUUCAGUUUUUUUGACAUUGUUUUGUAAUUAGAGUGUUUGUUAAUCUGGACAUCACAUAUUUGUAAUAAAGAUCUUUGAAAGAAGGUA